UGGUGGACGACCUGCCUCCAGACCUCUUAUCGCGGUGUGAUAGUCGGCCAGACAUCGACGUGCUUUCCCAGACGCUUGAACCGCAUCUGCUAUGGUCCAUGACUCCGCGUGUACAGAGCUGGACGACGAUAACUGCAUCUAUCCGUCCCAGGCUCUGUACCUCGAGAUCGACGUCACCGAUCUCACACUAUGGGACCCUAUCAUUCGGCGAGGGAACGCGCGACAAGAGGAAGAGGAGAUCGAAGAAGAAGAGGAGACAGAGGAAGAAUCGAGCGAGGAUCGUGACGACCCCGAUUCCGUCGAGGAAGAGGAGGAGGUUGAAGAAGAAGAAGAAAAACCGACAAAAGAGGAGGGUGGAUCGGGUGAGCCGAGUCAACGGCCCGAACGACGCAAGGAGGAGGAGGUGGCAGAAGCACGGAAGCGGCUGGAAAGAGCGGAAGGAAAGCGGUCGAUUGAGGAAGGGUUCCCGCCCGACCCGUUAUUGNGAAGCGGCUGGAAAGAGCGGAAGGAAAGCGGUCGAUUGAGGAAGGGUUCCCGCCCGACCCGUUAUUGGGAAAUCCGUGGCUCGAUCCGGAGCCCCCACGGGAGGAAGACGGAGGCGAUGGAGCCGCAGUGGGGGGAUUAGGACGUCAUGGACGAAGGAGGAGCGAAUCGCCGGCUCCGUU